ACGCAGUGGGAGUCCCAAGGUGUAACACACCAUCGGUUUGCACGCGUUAAUCUUGUGGAUUUGGCCGGUUCUGAAAGGCAAAAAAGUUCAGGUGCCGAAGGUGAAAGGCUAAAGAAAACCACUAACAUCAACACGUCUCUCUCAACAUUGGGGCUUGUGAUUAUGAACCUUGUUAACAUGUCCAGUGGGAAGUUACUCCAUGUUCGUUACCGAGAUUCAAAGCUGACAUUUUUGUUACAGGACUCGCUGGGAGGGAAUGCAAAAACAAUCAUAAUUGCCAACGUCAGUCCUUCCAGCAGCUUCUCUCUAGAAACUCUAAGCACAUUGAAAUUUGCUCAGCGUGCCAAAUUCAUAAAGAAUCAUGCUGUUAUAAAUGAAGAUGCUUCUAGAGAUAUUCUUGCAAUGAUGGUGCAGAUUCAAAAUCUGAAGAGAGGGAGUUAUAUCUGCGGGAGCCACGGUCACAUGAGGAAGGCAAGAGUUCAUCAAGUGGUGUUUCUAAUUUUCCUUUAUCAGGCGGCCUAGGCGAGUCAUCUUCAUGAGAUGUGCAGGCGUCCAAUGAAGACGAAUACCUGGAGCGACCAACAAGGAAGAGUCGCUCGAAGACUCUUUCAAACUUGAAGAAGAGGGUUUCUGAAUUAGUGAAGGAUAUGUCUGUAAUGAAGCGGCGAAAUCUCUCGAAGAGGUUUUGGUCAGAUUAAAGUAUCGUUGCAGAUUUUUGAAUUGGAAUCCGAGAGCCAGGAGUUGUCUCAUAAGGAUGGCUGGGGUGUUUCUCAUUUGCCGUCAUCAGAGGAUUAUAUGCCUGAGUUUGAUGAAAUCCGAUCUGCCCCGACCCGGGUUGCUGGUGAUGUGGAGGUAUGUGAUGAGAAGGAGAAUAGUGAAUCCCCCAGGGCAAUGCUGGCAUCUGAGGUUUUUCUGAUGAUGAAACCCGAUCCUCUCCGACCCAGGCUGCUUGUGAUUUGGAGAUAGGUGAUGAGGAGAAGGGGAAGAGUGAAUCCCCAUCUUUGGAUUAUAAUUGGUGUGAAUGGUGGACAUGCGCUUUCAGACCAGUGACUAUGAAGUGUACCUCCUCUCUUUCCCCCAAUCAUACAAUUUAUUUUUCAUUGUUGCUUCUAUUUGUCAUCAGCCUCCUUGUUUGUAUUUCCCCAUCUUACCUCAUUUCACCCACUUUUAUUAUUGUUGGAUAAUUUGCUAGCUCCUCUCUAAAGCAUUAGUUUGAGUACAGUUGAGAAUUUGGAGUGUAAACUCUAGAAAAUCCUUCGCUUGCUUCCACUCGGUAGGGGAUUCAAUUUGCAGGGGUAGAACUGAGUCGUUUUAGUUGAAGGCAGUAGGAAAUGAUUUAAAAGAGCAUACGAGAACAUUCUGCAUUAAUCCUUUUGUCUUGUCUUGUCUGAAUAGUAAUUUUUUCAUUAUGUCAGUAGAUGAUACACUUGAUUCUCAGAGAGAUCAAAGCCUCAUCAUGUACCUUACACAAAGACCUUGAAGCAAACCUGUGUGUACGCCAUUACCCCAGUGCCUCUUGGAAGAAUGAUUCAUCUACCCUCAGGUUAGCCACCCACUCACAACUAGUUGUCUUUAGUACAACAUUACCCGAGUGCCUCAACGGCUCCCGCCCAUGGUGGAGCCGGGGGUCUCUUGGAAACAGCCUCCCUACUUCCGAGUAAGGGCAAGGUCUGCGUACACACACCCUCCCCAGACCCUGCUGUUGUGGGAUUCACCUGGGUUGUUGUUGUUAUUUUAUAAAUUAAUUGAAUUUGAAAACCCAAAAAAAAUUAAAUGAUUGGGCCGUUUUAUUCGGCCCAUUCUAAUAAAUCACAACCCAUUUUGAAAUGUGUAUACUCCCACCCUAACCCUAGCUUAUGUCGUGGACAUAGUGUAUCCACACACGCCGUCUUCUUCCUCACUCUAGAAGUUAUCCGACGACGAUGUAUCAAACACUCCGGCGAUUAUUACUCCUCUUAUUCAACGGCUUAAUUCGUGGAUACACAAAAUCCACAUGUAUUACGCCUUGUGCUACAUGUAUCUCAAUAGUUUGAUACAAAGGCAUUUUGCAGCGAUGUGAUUUUGUUUAUUCUGUCUCCGGUAAAAAUCUUCAUUG